GCGAUGGACAGUAUCCGGAUGACACAUGCAUUUUGGCUGUGCAUUUCACUCGGCUAGAACGGGCGGCGUCGUCCAAGAUCAUGCUGUUCGGACCUCAAGUUGUCGGCAACCCUGCCGCGACGGCGACAACCACACAGACGAAGAAGGCAGCACUGUCCUCUUCCACGUCGAUAGAUGAAGGUGGGAUAGAUAAGAAGAAGAAGAAGCGGUCGAAAGCGGCCAAGAAAUCCAACGACGUUGACGCCUCCAGCACCACGUCCGCAUCGACCAGUAGGCGUGACCGAUCCAAGAAGAAAUUGGCCCGGCCUCUAAAUGUGUCCCCGCACGUGGACAUGUCGUGCAUGUACGCCACCGUGUGGAAGGGGCUCAAGUACCUUCGCAAGACGACGACCGGUACCCUCCACAAACCCAUUUGCGUGACCGGCGUCGACGGAUUCCUCGCCGCUUGGAUCGUCGAGAAACUGCUCGUCAAGGGGUACAAAGUUCGCGGUACCGUCCAGAACAAGAACGACGACAUCUCCAAGCUGUACGACCUUCCGUCGGCCAAGAAGCACUUGACCAUCGUCGAGACGUCGCUGCUCACGGCGCAGUCGUGCGACUUGGCCGUCGACGGCUGUGAUUUUGUCAUCCACACUGGCACACCCACGUCUUGUUCCGUGCGGGACCCGUUCUCCGAGAAGCAGGAGCCGGGGGUGUACAGUAUCAGCAGCCGCGUGCACUGCAUCGUCCCCAUGAUGAACAACUUCAUCACAGCGUGUGUGCGCGCCAAAGUGAAGCGGGUGGUGCUCACGUCGUCGAUCGCGGCGAUGGCGGACAGCGUGGACGCGCAGUCGCAAGUGACGGACCUGAGCUGGAACGUCACGUCGUCGUUGGAUCGAAACCCUCACUUUCUCAGCUUGAAAUUGGCCGAAGAGGCGGCUUGGCAGCUCGUCAAGAACGAGUCCAUGGAGCUAGUGACCAUCAACCCCGGCAUGUUGAUCGGUCCAUCGCUGUGUAAUUCCAAGAUUUCGCCCGGUACCCAAGUCAUAUACGACCUCAUCGUGGGCCAUUACUCGGCCUUGGUGGAUCUGAAUUUCGCCAUGGCGGACGUCCGGGACUGCGCUGCCGCGCAUGUGCUAGCGCUAGAACACAUGGACGCGCGCGGGCGGUACAUUUGCGUGCACCGCACCGUGUGGCUUCGCGAGAUGGUUCAAAUUCUGAGCCGCAACGGCAACAGCGGGCGGGCGCUACCCCUGCAGGUGGUGCUGCCCCACUGGGUGGCCAACUUUGGGUACGCGCUCCAGCUGGGGCAAGUGGGGGUGUCGCUGUACGCCGAACCGGACGCGACGUCGUCGGGGCCCCCCGCGUCGCCCUAUUCGCACGACAAGCUCCUGGACGUGUUCAAGUUUAACGACCAGACGGCGUUUCGAAGCGUGGACGACACCGUGGUCGACUCGGCCAAGGACCUGCUCAAGUGGCAUCUUAUUAAGCCCUGGCACGAAGAUCACUCGGUCACGGCGUGUGUGUGCUGCGGUACUCCCUUUGGCGUACUCUUUCGCAAGCAUCACUGCCGGGAAUGCGGCCGCAUCGUGUGCAAUGCGUGCUCGCUGUCCCGCGCGGUGGUCGAAGGCUUUGACGACAAGCAGCGCUUCUGCGACGGCUGCGUGUUGUCGGCGGUCCCGGCGCUCUUGGCCGGCCUCGCCGACCCGCAUCGUGACGUGGCCGUUCAUUGCAAAGCGGUGGUGGUGCUGGAAUCGUUGAUGGAAAACCAAAAGAACCACGAACUGCUCGCGCGCGGGGGCGGCAUCCCCAUCUUGUUGCAGGCGCUGCAUGCCACCGACGACAUUGUCGCGGUCAACGCCGCCGGCGCACUCCACAAACUGUCCCAGCGUCUGCCCACGGCGCUCCAACUGGUGCUCGAAGGCACGGUGCUGCACAUGCUCGAGAUGGAGGAAGGGUCUGCGGCAUGGCGGGUUUGUUUGCUGGCGCUCAAAAACUUUUGGGGAUACGUGGCCCGUCGCGACUUCAAGACGAUGCUGAUCGCGUCCGUGCGCGUGACCCCCGACACGGCGUCCGGCACGUUUCGGGGCAACGUGAUGCUGAGUUUGGUGCACUUGCUGGACCCGUCCGAGUGGCUAAAGCUCAUUCCCGAGGGUCUGAUCCCGCUGCUCUUGGAUUUGCUGCACGACGACUCCGAGUACGCGCACCGGACGGUCGCGCACGCCAUCAAGCACAUGCUGCCGACGUCGUACCGCCCGACGAUCGACGUGGACGUGCCGUCGCUUCGGGAAACGUACGACCGGGAUAAGGAAGCCAUCGACGUGUGGUUUGUGGUGGGCGCGCACAAGAUUGCCGCCAAUCGCGUGGUGCUGAGUGUCCAGAAUCCCUUUUUCAAACGUCUGUUGGGGACGUUUCCAAAACACGUCGAAGUGUCGGACGUCAACAACCACACGUUUUCGCUUCUGAUUCACUUUUUGUACACGGAAGAAGUGGCGAUCGACUUGCACAAUGCCGUCGACCUGCUCGUGGCGGCGGCGCUGUACCACGUCCCCGAGCUCCAAAAGCGCGUCGAGCGCUUCCUCGUCGACGAAAUCACGGCCCACAACGCGAUGGGCCUGUGGGCCGUGGCCCACAAGUGCCUCGCCACGGACCUCGAGACUGCGUGCGUGGCGUUCAUCCUGCGCAACAUCUGCGCGGUGGCCGCCACGGAGGGCUUCACCGCCCACCACCGGUCGCGGGUCACGACGGACGUGGUCGCGGCGCUGUGCCGCGUCUUGGGGCCUCCGUGGUCGGUUUCUUUCAACGCGAUGGCGCCCAAGGACCUGCGCGGUCUGGCGGCGCUCGCCGACGUGGCGACCUUGCCCGAUGACGACGGAAAGUCUGCGAACGAUGUACACUCGGAGUGGUCGUCGGUCACGGACGAGUUGGCCGAAGGGAUAUGCUAGCUAACGUUAUUUAUCGCAUGUGAACGAUCGAUCGAUGAUGGCGCGAGUGCCGAG